AUGUUCUCCAUGGGGAUGACGGGGACACCGAAGGGCAUCGUCCAUUCCCAGGGAGGUCUGGUGAUUAACGGCCUGGAAGAGCACUUGCUCAACUACGACCACGAGGACACGGCCGUCCAUUACUACUACGCCGGCAUCGGCUGGACACUGUGGAAUAUCAUGAUCGCAGUACUCUCAAGCCGAGCUACAAUCGUCCUCUACGACGGCUCGCCCUUCUAUCCAACACUAGAACGACGAUUAAAAUUAGUACUAGCUACGGGCGUAACAUCCUUCGGAGUAGGACCGCGAUACUUCACGGAAUUGUAAAAGGCUAACGUUAAUAGGCUUGCCUACAGUCAGAACCUUACGCACAUCCCUUCUACCAGCGCGCUCUUAUUAACCAAGCAGACAUCCCUCUAGAUCUACCGGAAUUUCAGCACCGCAUGCCAAAUCUCCACCUCGAGCGGCACAGAACUGUGCGGCAAAAUCCUCCAUGGCAGUCGAACGCUGCCUACGUACGCGGGAGAGACCGCACUCAAAUGCCUCGGGAUGGACGUCGACGUCUUUACUCCCGAGGGCAAGUCCGCUCCCUUGGGCGAAGCCGGGGAGCUGGUAUAUAAGAAGCCAUUCCCGAACAUGCCCGCUGAGUUCUAGAACGACGAUACAGAGCGAAAGAGAUAUCGGGCGGCAUGUUUCGAAGGCUUUGCGCACGUGUGGACGCAUAGCGAUCACGUCAAGAUCGAUCCCGAUACGAAGGGAUUGACCAUCCUCGGCCGUUCGGAUGGAGUGCUAAACCCGUCGGGGAUUCGCUCCGGCAGCAGGGAGAUUGACACGGUGCUGGAGAGAGUGGCCCAGGUAGAAGUGCUGGAUUCCAUCUGCGUCGGUCAGCAACGACGACGACAGGAUGAGAGCGAACGGGUAUGUCUCUUCCUGCUGCUUCGGGAUGAGAAGAAGCAGAAGAAGACGAAGAAACUCCGACCCGAGCUAGUGAAGCGGAUCCGCGAUGGCAUCCAGCAGGAUCUGAGUCGACGACACGUGCCGCACUUCCCCUUGCCCGCGGUGGAUGGCGUGAUCCCGUACAAUGCGAACGGCAAGAAGCUAGAGAUGCCCUUGAGGAGUGUCUAA